AUGGAAGAAAUCAUGUCUGGUACAGAAAGUGAACGGACCGCCGAAGACAGUCAAGAGGAGUUUGAAAGCAUAGAAGUUGAGGCCACCGAGUUUGGCGAAAAUCGAGCAAGUGGUAUCACUGUAAGCACGAACGCAGAUGAUUCUUUAGAACCAUACGCUGACGAGCCGCUGGCUGAUGAAGCAUGGUUAGCCAAUUAUAGGAAAAUACAAGAAGAGAAAAGUGAACUAGAGGAGGAUUUAAUCAAACGGCUGGAGAACAGAGUGCGAGUUAGUUACUGGUAAGUUCGCUAUCUUUACCAACAUUCCAACAAACCUAAAUCCAAUCCUGAAACAACUGUCAACGAAUUAUUUCUCUUUCGCAGGUGUUCUUGUGGGAACUGUAGCCUAAAUCAUCUUAGAAAUAUCAGCGAGUGCUACUGCUGUAAAGAGCUCGAAGGCUGCUGUGAAGCACUGGAGAGUGAUAUUGUUGUAGAAGACUUGGAAGAAGGAGAUGUGUUAAAAUGCAUAACAGAACACCCUGGCUUUAGACCUGUUUGUCUGGAAAAAUGGAGCUUGCGACUUGCCAGUGGAAAAUACCGUAAAAAGGACAAGGGGUAUUACAAAAAGGUGGCAUCGGAGGAAAGGUGAGAUAAUAACACAUAGUUUUUUUUUUUGUAAUUUGCAUAACAUGUACAUGUCAGUUAUCAAAACUGUCCAUGUUGCCGUAGUUACAGAUCACACUGCUAGGUCCAGGAAAUUUUGGUUUUUCCUUAAAAGUUUAGUUUCAGUACAAUGCUUCAUAAACUUAACUAGAAAUAUGCUAAUCGCAGAACCUCGCAAGGCAGAUAGUAAUGGUCAAAAAUGGGAAGAAAGGGAAAAGAAUAGGGUAAUGAAAACACUGAAAAAAGGAAUAGUGAAAUUGAACCACAAUGUAGAUAUUAUCUGUAGUGUUUGAGGAUGAUUUAUUUAUUUACUUGUUUCUUUUGUAGAUAUCUGCGAUCAAUUGCCUAUCGGGAAUUUUCAAGGCUGGUAUAUGGAUUCAUGGGCAAAAAAAGAAUACCUCUGCCAUCAUGUGCAUAUAAUGCCAUGAUCCGCACUGCAUUUGCUCUACAGGAGGAUGAAACCUUUACUGGUUUUGAACUGGAGGAUGAUUAAAGUGGAAAAAACUAGCCACAGAUAGUUUUGAUUUUACACAAUUUUUCCAGAGUCAUGGGAAUUAAAUUUUUGAUAAUAUCUCUGGCCUCAUUCUAAGCAUAAAAGGUCUCCUGCAUAAUUAUGUCACUUUGCCCAGCAAGUAUCAUUGACAGAAUGUCAGAAUUAAAUACAGUAAAGUUCAAUUUCUGAGAACAUUUGCUCUUUUUCUUUCAUGUCAAACUGAAUUUUCACACCAUUUUAAAACAGUAUAGUCCAAAUACCUUGCAACAUUUUUCAUUGUUAACUCAUAUCAAAACAGUAGUUUUAUGUGUAAUGUAUUAUUAUCCUCUGUCACAAUGCCUUGGUAUUUUUAGAAUAAGGGCAGAGACUUUGGUUAAAUCCUUUUUCUGUCCAAACAAGAUGGUUUUGUUCCGCCUUUGUUCCUUAAAAUGUUUUCAAAGUAAUAAAUAAUCUCUUUAUAAUCGUAAAUUAUCCAAAACAUGUCAAUAGACACUGCCCACCUAGACUAGCCUUUGCUAUUUGUGGGCAGUGAGAAAAUAAAACUGUAAAUAUCUGAAUAAUCACAUUACAGUUUAAGAUAGGUUGGUGAUAGUGUUUUUGUACUACCAGGAAAUCUCUUUUACACAUGUAUUUACUUAAGUAGAAAAAUUGGGUACAAACAUGAUAUUGUUUUGCCG